AUGAACGCACCAGAUAGAUUUGAGCGCUUUGUCGUACCGGAUGGCGUACCAAAGAUAUCCUUGGAGAAAGAUACAAAGGUGACAAAUGCGGCAACUUUCACACUGCAGAGAGAGGAUCAUACCGUGGGAAACCUCGUCCGCAUGCAACUGCUCAGGGAUAAGGAGGUGACCUUUGCUGGAUACAAGUUCCCACACCCACUGGACUAUCACAUACUGAUAAAGGUGCAGACCAAGGGCAAGAAGAGUCCUCGAGAGGUGAUGGAUGAUGCUCUGACAGACCUGUGCGACGAAUUUGAAGACAUCCGAGCCAAGUUUCAGGCGGAAGCUCGCAGGAUACACAGCAGCGAAGCAGGCCCUAUGUACGCCUGA